AUGGACAGUUUGUAUGAACCAGUUAAAGAAAAUCAAGAAGUACAAGAAGAUACUUGCAUAAGUAGCAGAGCUAAUACACCAGUAAGUGCUUGGGUCAAGAUCAAAGGAAUAAUUGGUAGAGAUUUCUACUAUACCUCUGAAGAUCAUGAUGGUGGUGUAACUUGUUGUUCAGAUGGAACAAGCAACAGAGACAGUCUAAAGUUUGAUGAAGAAAUCAGUUAUGUUGGACCAUUCUGUGGCAGAGCCAGAGUACACACAGACUUCACUCCCAGUCCUUACGAUUCAGACUCUCUAAAAAUCAAGAAAGGAGAUAUAAUUGAUAUCAUCUGUAAAACCCCAAUGGGCAUGUGGACUGGACUGCUAAACAACAAGGUCGGAAACUUCAAAUUUAUUUACGUGGAUCUGAUUACAGAAGAGGAAUCUGCACCCAGAAAAAUAAAACCACACAAGAAAAGUAAAAUGGCCAAGCCUAAUUCUCUUCAGGAAUUCUUGGAGCAAAUCCAUCUCCAGGAAUAUUUAUCAACCCUUUUGCUAAAUGGCUAUCAAACAUUAGAAGAUUUGAAAGAUCUACAUGAAAAGCAUUUAGUUGAACUCAACAUCAAAGAUCCAGAAGACAGGAUGAGGCUACUUUCAGCUAUUGAGAAUCUACAGGACUCUGAAAAUGAGCAAGACCAGGAAACAGAACCAAUGCCACAGAUGUUAAACCCUCACCUCAGCCCUAACAAACUACAAUUAAAUGACUGUCCAAGAGAUUCUGGUUGCUUUAUCUCACCCGAAAUAUCAGACAAUAGUAAAGAAGAUCUGGAGGCAGAAAAUCUGUCUGACAUCAUCCAGAAAAUUUCCAUCUCUGAAUCAGAUUGAAACUUGUUUACAUUUCCAGCAAAUUAUUAAUAUUUAUUUGGGAGUUUCAAGAAAUGCACUGAAAUGACUUGUUUGUACAAGUAUACAAUAAUCAUAGCAUACAUAAGUAAUUUUGAGACUGUAUUUCAUUUUAUCUUUCUAUCAAAUUUUGCAAACUAAUAAUAUAAA